AUGGCUUUCCGGAAGCGCAAUGUCGUUCUCGGACGUCCACCAUCUGACACAGCCCCCGUCAAAGAGAGCGCACUCGGUGUCAAGCCGUCAUCCUUGAGCUCCCAUACAGUCACAUCUACCGGCACUCCAUCGCUCGAUGCUCUGUUGGGUGGCCACGGCGGUCUGAUCCUCGGAUCGAGUCUGUUGGUCGAGGAAAGCGGGACUACCGACUUCUCUGGCGCAUUGCUGAGAUACUACGCCGCGCAGGGCAUUUGCCAUGGACACACCGUUCAUAUUGUCGGCGUGGGUGAGCAUUGGGUGAGGGAGUUGCCCGGAUUGCUGGAGGAAAAGCAUGCGGGUAGGAGGGAAGUCACGGCUUCUGAGAGCGAGCGAAUGAAGAUUGCAUGGCGGUAUGAGAAUGUUGGAGUUGUAGGUGAACGAGGUGCUCCAGCCGCACCAUCUCGUACCAUCUCUUCUCCAGGUCGCGAAAUCGACACUCCCUUCCAGCAUUCUUUCGAUUUGAGCAAACGUCUUUCCAUCCCUUCCGAUGCUCAAAUCCACACUCUUCAAACCACCCCGAACUCAACCCCAUUCGAAAGUGUCAUUCACCAUCUAGAACGGAGCCUCAAAACAUCCGCACCAAACACUAUCCACCGUCUAGUCAUACCAACCAUCCUCAGUCCAGCAAUCUAUCCCCCGCACGCCAGCCGUCCCGAAAACUUCACUCGUUUCCUGCACUCCCUGCGAGCACUUCUGCUCCAAUACUCCGACAAACUGACAGCAUUAAUCACCAUCCCCCUCGAACUCUACCCGCGCACCUCAGGUCUAAUCCGCUGGGCAGAGCACCUCUCCGACGGCGUCCUAGAACUCACCCCCUUCCCCCACCUCAUGGACGCCUCCAACAGCCUCGCAGAAAGCGGAGGCGCGCGAGGCAACGAAGACCAACCUCAAGGACUCGUGCACGUGCAUAAACUCCCUGUCCUCACGGAGCAAGGCGAAGGCGGCGCAGGCGGCGAGAACAGCAUUGGAGACGAUCUGGCGUUUACGGUCAGUCGGAGGAAGUUUGCCAUCAAGCCUUUCUCCCUUCCGCCGCUGGAGGGCGAUCAGGAUGCGCAGAAGGAUGCGGGGAAACUUACUGGGAAGGACGUGGAAUUUUAA